UUUAUGAAAACUGUGAUUUAUGAUCAAUUUAAUUACAAUUGUAGUAACAGAAAAAAUAUAAUUGAUAAAAUAAUCAAUAAUUUCAGAAAGUUCUGUUUUUUUUCUCUGGUGAAAACAUCUCAUGUGGUAUCAGCUCUUGUGGAUUUUGAUCUCAAAAUUUGUGUUUAACUGAAUUGCCAUUGGACUCAAUUCAUUAAAACUUGAUCCCAUUUCUGGCUAUUUAGGAUUAACUGUUUGUUUUUUUUUCUUUUAUUGGAAUAACCCAAGUGUUCAAUUUGGUUUCAUCUAUUUUCAUCUUUUAUUUAUUAUGAUUCGUCGGGGUGCUAAACGUAAACCACCAACCACUCAAAAUCAAGGCAUUGGUCCUGGUAACCGAAAACCUAAAUCGGAAUUUACCAAAUUACCGGCUAAUGGUUAUCCCACUGAGCAUCCGUUCAACAAAGACAAUUUUAGAUAUAUUCUGGCCGAACCUGACCCCCAUGGACCUUUUCGCCAAGAAUUUGAUGAAACUUCCGAAUAUGGUGGUAGACCGAUUCCCGGUUGGUUGUAUCGUAAUUUUUGCCCUAAAUCGGUUUUAAUUGCUAUGCAUGAUAGAGCACCACAAUUAAAAGUAUCAGAGGAUAGAUUGACAGUAAUUGGUGACAAAGGUUAUUGUAUGGCUCGUGCAACUCAUGGUGCUCAUUAUGGUUCAUGGUUUUAUGAAAUUAAAAUUAACGAUAUGCCUGAUGGUUCACAUGUUCGUCUCGGCUGGAGCCAAGAAUUAGGUAAUUUACAAGGACCUUGUGGAUAUGACAAAUAUAGUUACUCAUGGAGAUCAAGGAAAGGAACUAAAUUUCAUGAUAGUUGUGGUCAUCAUUUUACAGACUUUGGUUAUGGUCAUGGAGAUGUGGUUGGAAUUUUGAUUGUUCUUCCAAAAGAUGAAGAUCAAAAUUCAUCCAAUAAGCCUAAUUAUUUACCUCCAACCUACAAAGAAAAACCUUUGAUCAAAUUUAAAAGUCAUCUUUAUUUCGAGGAGAAAGACGAUAUUCCUGCAAUAACAAAAAAAUUAAGACCAUUGAAAGGAAGUAAAAUAAUUUACUUCAAAAACGGCCAACAAGUGGGAACAGCGUUCGAAGAUAUUUACAGUGGAGUAUAUUAUCCGGCGGCUUCACUGUACAAAAAUGUUUCAUUAACUUUCAAUUUUGGACCAAAUUUUGCUUUUCCACCGACAGAAAUUGGCUAUCGACCAAUUGAAGAAUUGGCUGAAGACGCGGCCAUUCGACAAUCGCUUUCUGACAUUGUUUAUUUAGUGGAAAAUGAAAGUCUCCAUCGGCUUGAUACUUUUUAUGGAACUGUUCCUGUGACCAGUUAACAAAAUUUUCUACUUUUGUAUAUUUAUUUAUUGACGGACAGAUCGCUAGACUUUCCAGGAAAGCGGAGCUAACGGUUGGCGCCGAUGAUAUCGAUGAUAUGGAAGCAGAUAACUGGCCUGGUGAGACUAGAAAACAAAGUUCAAUUAGAUGAGAAUUCGUAAUUUCGAAAAAAAAAUUGAUUGAAUUUGUAGAUUUUUCUUACCAUUGGUUGAUUGUGAUAAAUGUGGACUUGUUGGUCGUUGUAUAUUAUCAUUGAAUAAAAAAUAAGUCGAAUAUUUUGUUGGUUUA